GCGGAGAGCAGAGACCAAAGCGAUAACUCGGGCUAGCAAAAGCAAGUGCGCCGUCAUUGAAACGCAGAAACCUUUCGCAAGUGGUUCUCGGAGUUACUUACGGUUUGCUGCUGCCGACGGGACACAAGUCGCACGCGAGGUGAGCGGAUUUUCGGAGCGAGGUUUGGAUUUAGCGGAGCUACUUAGCUGGCUAAGCUAACCGUGCUAGCAACCUGGCGUUAGCUGACUCCGAGUGGUGUGUGUGUGAUUUUAAGCACGCAGGCUUGUUUGUCAACAUAAGCUGACGUUAAAUUGAUAGCGAGCCAGCUAACAUACAACUCCCCCGGUCACCCAGCUUAACCUGAGUGUGUUUAUAACAUGGUGGCCACAGUUGAGCGCAGAUUUAUCUGUGCAAAGUGAGAGUGGAUAAAAAAGUCAGACAUCUGACCAUCCUGGUCGCCAGCAAGCUGCAAGUUAAGCUGGUCAGCCAAGUUGGCUAACUGGCUUGCUUUGCACACAGUCUAAACUGACUCUUUUGUUUGCCUGGGAAUUAAUCAGCCAGCGUGAAGGAAGGUCUCAGUGUUUGCAAGCUGAACGGACGGCUGAACAGUUGGAGGCCAACAGGCUUCUCCCUGCACCUGGGAUGGUGCUUUUUGACAGAGCGGCUGUGGAGCCAUAACCCCACCGCCAUCACUGUUCCAUCCUCUUGACUGUAAGCCGUUGGCCCACCACUGAUCUCACGCCCAGGCUCCCCUCCUUCCCUCAGCUUUGCUCAGUCCCUGACAAGGCCACCACAGCCACCACAUGACUCACCGACCGGAGCCCUAGAUCAAGUCAGUUAAAGCUGAAAAUGAGUGCAGUAGGGGAAAGCCCUCUGGACCCUGCCACGCCAGAGUUACGCAAGAGGAAGGGCUCGCCAUGCGACACGUCAGGGCAAAGUGCGGAGAAGCGGAGACGGGAGCUGGAGUGCCGCUACAUCGAGGAGCUGGCGGAGCUGUUGUCAUCCAACAUGGGCGACAUUGCCAGUCUCAGCGUUAAGCCCGAAAAGUGCCACAUCCUCAAAAGCACUGUGGACCAAAUCCAGCAGAUCAAACGGCGUGAGCAGGAAAAAGCAGCCCUCCUUUCUCCAGAUGAUGAGGUACAGAAGAGCGACAUCUCCUCCAGUAGCCAGGGACUGGUGGAGAAAGAGGCGUUGGGGCCCAUGCUGCUAGAGGCGCUUGAUGGGUUUUUCUUCGUUGUCAACCGGGAGGGGCGCAUCGUCUUUGUUUCUGAGAACGUGACGAGUUACCUUGGAUACACCCAGGAGGAGCUCAUGGCCUCCAGCGUCUACAGCAUCCUCCACGUGGGAGACCACAACGAGUUUGUUCGUAAUCUGCUGCCUAAAAGCCUCGUAAAUGGUGUCCCGUGGCCGCAAGAAGCUGGGCGCAGGAACAGCCACGCCUUUAACUGUCGCAUGCUGAAGAGACCACCAGACGAGGUGGAUUCGGAGAACCUGGAGGCCCGGCAGCAGUAUGAGAUCAUGCAGUGUUUCACCGUGUCCCAGCUACGGACCAUGCAGGAGGAGGGAGAUGACCUGCAGAGCUGCCUGAUAUGCAUUGCCUGCCGGAUGCCACGAACCCAGCCUGUCAGCACGGAGUCUUUUAUUACAAAGCAGGAUCCCACAGGGAAGAUCAUCUCCAUAGAAACUAGUGCUUUGCGAGCGACAGGCAGGCCUGGAUGGGAGGACCUGGUCAGGAAAUGUAUCUAUGCUUUCUUUCAGCCGCAGGGCAAAGAGCCCUCCCACGCCAAGAAGCUUUUGCAUGAGGUGAUGACACAUGGGACCGCGAUCAGCCCGCUGUACCAUUUCACUCUGAGUGAUGGCACUCCGCUUAGCGCUCAGACCCGCUGCAAGUUCUGCUGCCCCCCCAACCCUGAUGUACAGCCCUUCAUUAUGGGCAUUCACACUAUUGACAGGGAACACAACACUGCUAGCUCUCAGGAAAACACUAACCCCAGCCUUCCACCAACCCUCAGCGGUAUCGCCCAAACUCCCUCCCGCUCCCCUUCCCUCCCCCCCAGCGGUAAUUCAACCCAAGGCUCAAGUCUCGCCACCGCGGGCCUUCACACCAACAACAGCAAUGCCUCUUCCCACGGACAUAAUCCAGCCACGCCGACAGGCUACCUGACACCCAAUCGGACGAAUUGUCCCCAGCAGGUCAACAGCCCCUCUCCUUUGAGCAGCCCACUUACAGCAACCCCUACCUCUUUUAUGUCGCCCAGGAUGCCACGGGCCAGUCCUGGGUUAGGUGGGAGCCCUCGGGUACCGGGGAACCCCUUCUCUCCCUCCACACCCGGCCUCCAUUCCCCAGCUGGGGCUCUAAGCAGUGGAGGAAGCCUCAACAGGCAGCAGUCUAGUGGUGAUGGCAACAGUAGCGCAAGCGGUGGGUCAACAGGGUCGUUCUCCCUGUCCUCUCCGGUCCUUCAGAGACAAGCCAGUACACCCACCGGCUCCUCUACUCGACCUCCAUCAACAAAACCCUCAGAUGGAGGUGAGGAAGGGGGAGAGGACUCUGUUAAAGCCCCCCUUUCUUCUGCCUCACAGCUGGGUAACCCCAGACUCAAUCAGCUCCUGGAUAGCAAUGGGACAGGAGCUGACUCUAACAACAACAGCAACAGCAUCCACUGCACCUCCUCACCUCAUCCACCUAACCCUGCUCCUGCCCCUCAGUGCCCUGCCUCCCACAGCAGUCUCACUGAAAGACACAAGAUCCUCCACCGGCUGCUUCAGGACAGUAGUCCCAACGAUGCCUCCACCACCAGUGAGGAAGGAAUAAACAAAACUGAAGUUGAGAUCAAGAAGGAGCCACCUGCCAGUCCGGCGCUGGGUGCAGGACCUCCCAAGAGCGACUCGAGAGAGCCACAGGACCACCAGUUGCUUCGUUUUCUCCUGGGUACAGAUGAAAAGGACUUGGACGACCUGCCACCUCCAUCUGCUCUGAGCCUUCAGACAGUGAGAAUUAAGGUAGAGAAGAAAGCUGGUGGGGAGGGAGUGACCUGUACAGGGUCAACGGUUGGCGCAGGAGGUGCAACCAAACUUGGAGGAGUGUCCAGCCCCAAAUCGAGCCCUGUCGGAGAAAACCGCAGAGACAGCCGCAAAGACAGCCGAGACUCCAUGAUUUCUAGUGUGUCUGUUGAUAUGGACCCUCUCUCCCAGAUGCUGCCUGGCUUCAGAGGCCCAGCUGGGGCCAAACAGGGCAGUGAGGAUACACCAAACCCCGGAGGAGGCCUUCAACUUCAGUCUCCGGGCCCCCAGCCCCCAGCUACGCUCCAGUCCCCUGUGCCUCAGCUCCAGUCACCCCUGUCUCAGCCUCAGUCCCUCCCACAGUUGCAGUCCCCAUCGCCUCAGCUUCACUCCCCUUCCCCCCAGCUCAAACUGCAGUCACCCACUCAGCUCCAACCCGGCGAGGCCAGCACUCCCCGCAAUGUAAAUGUGAAGAGAGAGCCUCCUGGCACUCCUAACAGAGGGCUCAGUGAUGGCAGACCGCCCUCUGGCUGCAGCCUUCAGAGUCAGUCUUCAUUUGAGUUCUGCAAUCCUGCCACUCCAAGCCAACAACCGGGACAAGGAGACCCCUUCCAGACCCCCAUAGACAGCAGUCCAUUUCCAGAGGCCGAAGUUAUGAACCCUUUCACCUCAACCACUGGUCAAACCAAGAUGGAUGUGGGUGAUUCCCAGUUUCAGCCUCUGGCUCUGUCUGACACCCUGACGUUUGAUGGUCUGGGAACUCCUUUGCAGGCUCCUUUGGCAUCACCACAAGAGCAGUGUGUGCCCUGUACGCUGGAUGAAGUGCUUGGCCCUCCAACCACACCUGAAGCCCGGAACGAUGAGAAGGCUCUAUUAGAGCAGCUGGUUAACUUCCUCAGUGGGACAGAUGAAAGCGAACUGGCUGAGCUCGACAAAGCCCUGGGUAUCGACAAACUGAUACAGGGUGGCUGCUUUGACCCUUUACCUCAAAAUUUUCCACCCCAGCAACCCACUGCCACCCCAGUUUCCAUAGACCCUAAACUCCCCACCUACCCUUCCCAAUUCACACCAGCUCCACAAGCUCCUUUUCCUCCAGAGCUGGGCACGGUGGGGGCGCAGGGUCUGGGGUUCGGAGCCCCUCGAGGGGCCUUCCCCGGUGGGACGGGCAUGGGACUGAGACCAGGCAUGACCAGACCACAGGGGAUGGGCAAUCCGGUCAGGCUGCCACCCAACCAACUGCGCCUGCAGCUGCAGCAGAGACUACAAGGCCCGCAGCAGCUCCAGAACAGGCUGGCAGGGAUGAAUCAGUUUCCAGGAGGAGCCCAGCAUGUGAACAUGGGGAUUCGUCAGGGGGUGCAACAACCUCAAAUGCCCUCGCAACAGCCUCCGCUGAAUGCCCAGAUGCUGGCUCAGCGUCAGCGGGAACUCUACAGCAUCCAGCAUCGCCAACGCCAGCUAUUCCAGCAGAAGGUCAUGCUGAUGAGACAGAACAUAGCAGGCACUCCCACUGGAGCCGUGGGGCCCAUUGGGACUGCCAGGGUCCCCAAAGCUCCCCCCACAACGACUCAACAACAGCAGCAACAGCAGUUCAACUUCCCACCAGGGUACAACCCAAUGGCGGGAAACCCUCCUACCUCACCAAGUCACUUCAGCCCCAUUACCGGGGGCCCUCUGGACAACAAGCUGCCUGGCAGAGUUCCCCUGAACAACCAGACGUUGAUGGGUGGCGUGCAGGGCCAGUUCAACAGCACCGUCAACUCCUCAUUGCAGCAAGGCCUGUUUCAGCAGUUUGGAGGGUCCGCUGUGGUCCAGCAAGACCCACCGUUUGCUCCUGAGAUGAGCCCCUCCAGCCCACUUUUAUCACCUCAGAACUCCACCUCCCAGAGUCCUCUACUUCAGCAAAACCCAUCUACUGGCUACCAGUCACCCGACAUGAAAGGCUGGCAACCAACAAGCGUGGGCAGCCUGUUCAGUCAGUCAGGACAGAGCGCAGGGCAGGCGUUUGGCCAGCAGGGGGUUUAUAACAACAUGAGCAUCACCGUUUCCAUGGCCGGGGGCUCGAGUGGCGUCAGCUCAUUACCUCCCAUUGGGCAGUCAGUUGGCAUGAGCAACAGUAACCUCAGCAACGUUGGUUCAGUGUGCAGUGACCAGCAGGUGCAGCAGGUCCAGGUAUUUGCGGACGUCCAGUGCACAGUGAACCUUGUUGGCAGUGAUUCCUACCUGAACCAGGGCUCCAUCGGAGCUGCGGCCUCCCAGAAGGGCCCCGGACCCCAGGGCUCCCAGAACAACCAAGCCCAGCAGAAGAGCCUCCUCCAGCAGCUGCUCACUGAGUGACACCCCCCACCUCUUCAGCUCUCCUACUCUAUCUACUUCUCACUUCUACACCUCCUCCUUGGAGGGUCGGUGCACCAGACCCAUUGCUGUCUCUGUCUCACCUUUUGGAUGGAUCGAUGUACGGACGGAUGGAUGUUUGGACGGCCACAGAGUAGGCUCAGAGAGGUCUGGCUGUCGGUGGAGUUUUCGCAGCCUAACCACUUCU